AUGCCAUGGAAUCGGCUCGCGCAGCCUCUGUCUCGCGCUGCUCGGCAAGGUCUACCGAGGCCCUUUAGGUCGUCACCCAAGUUCAUUCCAUUUACAGUCCGACGAUUGAAUUCCUCGGAUCCAAAGAACACGGGUCAAUACAACCCAGACCCGACGGAUCAGAAUGACUCGGAAGAAGGUAAGGGUCAGGGUCGUAAAAACGAUGACCCUACCCUGAAAUCAACAAUUUUGAAGAUGCUAGAGACAGCAGCCACAACCGCCGCGUCUAUCGCCAUCCUUGGAGCUGCAGGUUACUCGUACCACCAGUACUACAAGUACUUGAUCCUAGAUAAGAUGGAUAAUGCUUUCAACCCGGGUGACCCUGCCCUCGAAGUUGCAGGCGUUGUAUCUGGAAAGCACCAGUAUGAUCAUGAGGAGCAUUGGGUUGUACGAGACGAGCAAGUGCGCAUUGAUGAUAUCAUAUCAGGCCGACGUCGUGGCCAUUACUAUCUAGUGAUCGGUGAGAAGGGUACCGGGAAGACAUCCAUGCUUCUUGAGUCCAUGCGCAAGAUCAACGGCGAUGGAUGUGCCAUGUUUGAGGCUCAUGCCGAUCUUGAGAUUUUUCGCAUUCGACUGGGCAAGGCACUUGAUUACGAAUUUCAUGAAGACUACAUUGGGAGCUUGUUUAGUAUUCGUGGGCCGCGCGAUACUACAGCCCUUUUGGAUAUUGAGCGAGCUUUCAACAAAUUGGAGAAGGUUGCCUUGAGCAGAAGAAAGCUGGGCUCGUCACCUUUGGUUCUUAUCAUUAACAGCACUCACCUGGUUCGGGAUGACCAUGACGGCCAGGAUUUGCUUGAAAUGAUCCAACAGCGGGCCGAGCAAUGGGCUGCCAGCGGCCUUGUCACAACGAUUCUUAACAGCGAUGACUACUGGGUAUACGAGCGUCUCAAGCGCUAUGCGACUCGAAUGGAGGUCAUUCCUGUUACCGAUCUGCCCAAGGACAAGGCUAUGACUGCCCUGAAAAGGUAUCGCAGUCGGUUCUACGGCGAGAACCUACCAUCCAAGAUCCUAGAGGAGGUCUACGAUAAGGUGGGCGGGCGUCUCUCUUUCUUGAAUCGAGUAGCCAAAUCCCCCGACAUCGUGAAAACUUGCGAGGAGAUUUGCCGGGCCGAAAAAACUUGGAUCCUCAACAAGUGCUGGAUCCUUGGAAUGGAGAUGGAUGAUGAUGUGAUGGACGAGCAAAAGUAUUCGUCUGCUGCCAUGGUCCUGGCUAAGGCCUUGGUGGACCGUGAGAAGGAGAUGGAAAAGACCUACGACCCCGAGAGAGGUCAUAUUUUGCCCGAGAUCCCUCUCCAUGAAGCGCGCGAGAUCAUGACUCGCGCCGAUUUCAUUCAAGCCUAUGAUCACGAGAAUAUCUUCACCAUCGAUUCGCGUGCGAUGGUACGCGCCGAUUCCGUCCCUAUGCAGCUCGCAUUCCGAGAGAUUUGCGCUAUUGAAGGAUUCGACGAUCAUCUGGAAGGCACUUUGCAACGUAUUGGUGACAUUGAGAGCCUCGGUCGCACCAGAGAGCUCACCAUUAAGGAUCUCUGGAAUCAAGGCAAAUACCGCAUUGUUGUGCGGGAUAACAGAGGCAAUGAGAGCGGAACAGUAGAAUUUGCUGUGGCCGAGAGCGAGAAAGAAGAGUAG